AUGAAUAUUGGCACCAAGUCCUUGAAUGGGAUUUUAUUUUCCAACUUCAACCAGGACUACAGCUGCAUAUCUGUGGGAACUCGCACUGGAUACAAGAUAUAUAACUCGGAUCCAUUUGGAAAAUGCUAUGCCAAACAGGAUGGAGGGAUUGGGAUCGUAGAAAUGCUAUUUUGUACGAGUCUCGUGGCACUUGUUGGCGCAGGAGAGCAGCCAACAUUUUCUCCUCGCAGACUCCAGAUUAUAAACACAAAGCGGCAAUCGACUAUUUGUGAAUUGACAUUUUUAACAGCAAUCCUGGCGGUAAAACUCAAUCGGAUGCGUCUUAUUGUUAUUUUGGAAGAGCAUAUUUACAUUUAUGACAUUGGAAAUAUGAAGUUAAUGCAUACAAUUGAUACCAGUCCAAAUCCCAAUGCAUUAUGUUCGCUGUCGCCGUCAUCAGAAAAUUGUUUUUUUGCAUACCCUUCAAAUGCUUCUACAUCAUCUGGCGAAGUUCUUUUAUUUGACGCCAUUAAUCUACAAGCUGUUAAUAUAGUUCAGGCUCAUAAAAGUUCAUUGAGCUGCAUUGCAUUCAACUAUGAUGGCACACUUAUUGCUACUGCAAGUGACAAGGGAACUGUCAUUCGAGUAUUCACAGUACCCCAAGGACAAAAACUAUUCCAGUUUCGACGAGGAACAUACACGGCUCGCAUCUUUUCCAUGUCAUUUAAUUUGGACAACACUAUGCUAGCAAUAUCCAGUGAUUCAGAUACUGUACACAUUUUCAAAUUGGAUGAUAAAGACAGAGUCAAGGACGCACAAUUGGUGCCUGGCGAUUCAACUGGAAACAGCCCUGUUGAUUAUGCUUUGUCAUCCCAACCCCAACUAUCUAGUGCAACACUUGCUUCAUCUAGACGAUCAACAAUGAUUGAUUCUUUAAAAUCACCUCUCUUUUCAGCAGCAGGCGCCGUCAGCUCUUACUUUAUUCCUGAAAUGAUUACAGAUAUAUGGGAGCCCACUCGUGAUUUUGCGUUUGCAAAAAUUCCUUCAGCAAGUAAAUCCACGCAGAAUCUAUGUAGUUUGAGCCGUGCAUCUGGGGUACUGCAGCUUUCUGUUGUUGUUGCAGACGGAUCGUUUUAUGUGUUCAAUGUAUUGGAUCAAGGCGGCGAGUGUGUUUUGGUGAAGCAACAUACUAUUAUGGAUUCCGAAGAAGAAAUGUAA